CUAUUCAUUUCUUCUUUGAAUUGGGAUUUUGUGUCUGGGUUCUGGGCUAUAAUAUAAGGCCUUUCUAUCUUGAAGAUUAGCUUUCUGGAGCUGUUUUUAAUGUCUCCCAAGGACUUUAAUGCUCUUUAUUUUCAGGUUCCGGCAAGAACACAUUCGAGAGGGUCGAGUUUGAAGAUAGGAUUAAGUUUCUAUAAAUACUGUUUGAAGCAAUUUUGCACAUGCUAGGUCCCAGCAGGAACAGAGCUCAGCCGCGGACCAGCAGAUCUUGGUCAUUUUCAGGAAUGGAUUAUGCAGACUCAAAACGGAAGAGCAAUUUUGCUGGAAAAAUUCUUUUAGCUGCUUGUCUCACAGCUAUGUGCAUUAUUAUGCUCAAGCAAUCACCUGGUUUUAAUAGCCCAAGUGCUUUUUCCCACCAUGAACCAGGUGUAACACAUGUUCUAGUAACGGGAGGAGCUGGCUACAUAGGUUCACAUGCUGCACUUCGACUUUUGAAGGAUUCACACCGUGUGACUAUAGUGGACAAUCUCUCCCGGGGAAAUCUUGGUGCUAUUAAGGUUCUUCAGGAACAAUUUCCAGAACCAGGGCGAUUUCAGUUCAUAUAUGCCGAUUUGGGGGAUGCUAAAGCUGUGAACAAGUUAUUUGCAGAAAAUGCAUUUGAUGCUGUGAUGCAUUUUGCAGCUGUCGCUUAUGUUGGGGAAAGCACACAAGAGCCUCUAAGAUAUUAUCAUAAUAUUACAUCAAAUACCUUGGUAGUGUUGGAGGCAAUGGCUGCUCAUGGUGUGAAGACAUUAAUCUAUUCUAGUACAUGUGCAACAUAUGGAGAGCCUGAAAAGAUGCCCAUUACUGAAGGAACUCCUCAGGUUCCUAUUAACCCAUAUGGAAAAGCCAAGAAGAUGGCCGAGGAUAUCAUCCUUGACUUCUCAAAAAAUUCAGACAUGGCAGUCAUGAUAUUGAGAUAUUUCAAUGUUAUUGGUUCAGACCCGGAAGGAAGGUUAGGAGAAUCUCCCAGACCUGAAUUGCGAGAGCAUGGUCGGAUAUCCGGGGCUUGUUUUGAUGCUGCACUAGGGGUCAUUCCUGGGCUAAAGGUUAAAGGAACAGACUAUAAAACACCUGAUGGAACAUGCAUCAGAGACUACAUUGAUGUCACGGAUCUGGUUGAUGCUCAUGUCAAAGCUCUGGCCAAAGCCACACCUGCGAAAGUUGGUAUCUACAAUGUCGGCACAGGAAAAGGUAGGUCCGUAAAUGAAUUUGUAGAUGCAUGUAAGAAGGCCACAGGGGUGGACAUCAAAGUCGAGUUUCUUAGCCGUCGGCCUGGUGAUUAUGCUGAAGUGUAUAGUGACCCAUCAAAGAUCUACCUUGAGCUCAACUGGACUGCCCAAUACACGGAUCUUAAAGAGAGUUUGCAGAUUGCAUGGAAAUGGCAACAGAAACACCAAAAUGGCUAUGGGUCACCCUUGGCUAUGGAUUCUUAAAUACAUCACAGUUCAUUUCAUCACAAUAAUAGAACGGACAUGGCAUGGUUGUCACGGAGUUGAGUUCUGACUUUGUGCCGACAUCCAUUUCUUACCAUAGAAGAGUUGUUUGAUUUUGAGGCAGGUUAAGAUUAGUCUUUCCAGGGCGGACAAGGGGGAGGGAGGGGUUAUUAUAGUUGCAGUCCAUUUAUUAUUCUUAUGUGAAAAUAGAAAAGCUCAAUAAUAAUUCAUCUUACCGGUAUAGUUUCUUACUAACCCAUUAUUGUUACAGAAGCAUUUCCAUUUUCUCAACGUGGAUUUGCCAUUUCUUUGGACUUGAGAAUGAAAUCCUUAUUUCUGGUACUGUUA